AUGAGUCUUCCUCGCCAGGAGCCUGUGGUUUUGAACCUGAAGAAAGUUCCAAUCGCUGUAACAGACAAUUUUGGUCGAAUCAAGAUCGGUUCUCGGCCUGUCGCCUUGACAAGACCUUCCAACGAUGACAUUACCCAUUUGAUAAACCUUGAAGCCAUCAAUCCUCAUCCAGGCUCGGUGCCAGACACGCCUGUCGACUUAACUCCGAUGGUUUCGCUGUCUCAACAAGUACACGAAAAGAAAAUCAUGACGUCUUCAUUUCCACCGAAAAACAUGUGGAGAAUCGUGGCCGCCUGUCUCUGGUCGUUUUGUGGCGGCUUUUCCGAUGCGGCGCCCGGUGCGUUGUUGCCCACAAUUGAGCGUUCCUACAAUAUCAAUUACACCAUCGUGUCUUUGGUGUGGAUGCUGAAUGCGCUUGGGUUUAUCUUGGUAGCGUCACUUUCACACAAAAUCCAGCCAUGGUUCGGAAAACACAAGUCGAUUCCGUUCGGCUGCAUAUGCUCGAUCGUGAUGAACGCCAUGGUCAGCAGUGGAGGGCCCUUUCCUGUGAUUGUGGUGGGUUUUUUCUUUGGCGGGUUGGGGCUUGCAAUUGUCCUUGCGCAAGUCAACGUGUUUCUCUCGCAAUUGGACAAAAACUCCAAAUACUUGGCCUUUUUCCAUGGCUCCUACGGUAUAGGUGCCACCAUCUCUCCGCUUUGUGCCACAACCAUGGUGAACAGGGGAAUUAAAUGGAACUACACCUACUUCAUCAUGCUUGGGCUUAUGAUGGUGAACUUGGUGAACUGCUGGUUCGCUUUCAGCGGGGCAGACGAGGAUUUGAAGCCUUGGGACCACGAUGAAGAGACUAAGGAGUUGAUUCCCCAUUCGGCUGAAACUGAAGAUGGCGUGGGGCUUCAGGACUGGGGUGUCCAUAUUGCAAACGUUGUGGAUGCCGAGAGAGUGUCUGCAGCCGAGACAAAGGGCGCCAUGAAGCUUGCCUUGACCAACAGAAUCACGUGGUUGAUUUCCUUGUUUGUCUUGUGUUACCAGGGAAGUGAGGUUUCGUUGGGAGGCUGGAUUGUGUCGUAUUUAUUAGAUUACAGAGAUGCGACAAAGUCCUACGGUUACGUGCUGAGUGGGUUCUGGGGUGGACUCACUUUUGGCCGGUUGGUUCUCACUAGACCUUUGCAUAACGCCUUUGGUGCCCGCAAGACCAUCAUAGUGUUGGCUUUUAUGUCCAUCGCUUUUGUGAUUUUGACAUGGGUUGUACCUAGCACCAUGGCCCUGGGUAUAUUUGUCAGCUUGGCUGGUGUUCUGAUUGGUCCUACAUAUCCUCUCAUGGUCACUGUGGUUUCGGCCAUGAUUCCUCGCAAGAUCCAGGUGGUCAGCUUAACAAUCAUGACGGCCUUUGGAUCGAGCGGAGGCGCCGUGUUCCCCUUUCUCACUGGUUUAUUGGCGGAACAGGUGGGCACGUUUGUUGUUUUGCCGAUUUUCAUUGCCAGUUACGCGGUCAUGUUGACGGCGUGGUUCUUAUUGCCCAAUGUGGAGCAGAAACCUAUCGCUGCCAAUGCGUCGAAGUGGCUGAAGUUCUGGCGCAGAAUAUGGUGA